CGAUACAGAGAGGAGAGAGAGAGGAGAGAGGAGAGACGAUAACAAGAAGAGUGGGAUACCAUCACCAAAGCUUUGUGCUGUUCUUGUUCCACCACCGCCACACCAGGCAGUGAACCAGCCAGCCAGUCAGCCAGCCAGUCAGUGAACCAGUCCACUAGCUCCAGCAUGGCCACCAUCACCUGCACACGCUUCACUGAGGAGUUCCAGCUCUUUGAGGAACUGGGGAAGGGAGCCUUUUCAGUGGUGCGCCGCUGCUUGAAGGUGCUGUCAGCACAGGAGUACGCUGCCAAGAUCAUUAACACCAAGAAACUCUCAGCCAGAGACCACCAGAAGUUGGACCGGGAAGCCAGAAUCUGUCGACUGCUGAAACACUCCAACAUAGUUCGUCUCCAUGACAGUAUUUCAGAAGAGGGUCACCAUUAUCUGAUAUUUGACCUGGUGACAGGAGGAGAGCUGUUUGAAGACAUUGUGGCCAGAGAGUACUACAGUGAAGCAGACGCCAGUCAUUGUAUUCAACAGAUUCUGGAGGCGGUGCUACAUUGUCAUCAGAUGGGAGUGGUCCAUAGAGACCUGAAGCCGGAGAACCUCCUCCUGGCGUCCAAGUCUAAGGGAGCAGCAGUGAAGCUGGCAGACUUUGGCCUGGCCAUAGAGGUGGAGGGGGACCAACAGGCCUGGUUCGGCUUCGCUGGAACACCAGGGUAUCUGUCACCAGAGGUUCUGAGGAAGGACCCAUAUGGCAAGGCUGUGGACCUGUGGGCAUGUGGUGUGAUUCUGUACAUCCUCCUGGUGGGUUAUCCCCCUUUCUGGGACGAGGACCAGCACAGACUGUACCAGCAGAUCAAGGCGGGGGCGUAUGACUUUCCGUCUCCAGAGUGGGACACAGUGACUCCCGAGGCCAAGGAUCUGAUCAACAAGAUGCUGACCAUCAACCCUGCCAAACGAAUCACUGCUUCUGAGGUCCUCAAACACCCCUGGAUCUCUCAUCGCUCCACCGUGGCCUCUUGUAUGCAUAGACAGGAGACAGUAGAGUGUCUCAAGAAGUUCAACGCCCGACGGAAGCUCAAGGGUGCCAUCCUCACUACCAUGUUGGCCACCAGGAACUUCUCUGGGGGGAAGAGCGGAGCCAACAAGAAAGCUGACGGUGUGAAGAAAAGGAAGUCCAGUUCCAGCGUGCAGCUGAUGGAAUCUUCUGAGAGCACCAACACCACUAUAGAAGAUGAGGACACCAGGGUUAGGAAACAGGAGAUCAUCAAAGUGACGGAGCAGCUUAUUGAAGCCAUCAGCAAUGGAGACUUUGAGAGCUACACGAAGAUGUGUGACCCCAGUGUGACGGCGUUUGAACCAGAGGCUUUGGGGAACCUGGUAGAGGGCCUGGACUUCCACCACUUCUACUUUGAAAACUUGUGGUCCAAGAACAGCAAACCAGUCCACACCACCAUCCUGAACCCCCACAUCCACCUGAUGGGCGAGGAGGCGGCCUGCAUCGCCUACAUCCGCAUCACCCAGUACCUGGACGCCCAGGGCAUGCCCCGCACUGCCCAGUCAGAGGAGACGCGCAUCUGGCACCGCCGCGACGGCAAGUGGCAGAUAGUCCACUUCCACCGCUCUGGCUCACCCUCCGCCCUCACCAAUUGAGCUCCGGAGUGGGAGGGGUAUUGAGCGACAGUCUCUGUGAUUGACAGCAGCGAUGACCAGUUGGCUGAGUGGGAGGGAACACAGAAGGACCCGCCCCCCAGUGGCAGGACCAACCACCAGCCCUCUGCUUCUCAUCUCGACAUCAUCUAGCCAUCCUCUCCGUCUCGGUCAUCGACCAAUAAUUAAUCAUCGCCCCGUCAUCUAAUUUAAUCAUGUACUGUAUGACUAUAUAAUCUAUCUCACAGGCCAGUCACUUUGUGUUCCAGGGAGGUAAGACACCUAGACGUUCUGGUUCCUGUCUCCAUGUUUUCACUUCCUCUUUUGACCUCAAAGGAGACAUAAGACUGGUUUGCAGAAAAAGACGAUAAUUUACGAUUAGUUGUAACCUCUUAGGCCUGUUCCUGUUUCCUUAUUACCCAACAUUUCCUUUCUGCUACAACAACUGUUAAUUAAUGACACACUAACAUGCACACAAUCACACACAGACACACACAGAUACACACACACAAUAACACAAUAAUAAUAAUUAUACAUGUUAGUAAGUUGUACUGACUGAAUAUGUUAGAGCCACAAAUAUAUUUACUUUAUAUUAAUUGUUUUUCAAGUAGUGUGUGUGUGUGUGCAAUUACAGUCCUCUAGAGGAAUCUGGAGGUCAAUCCCUGCUAACUUGGAGGUUCUACCAGACCUUGUCAGGGGUCAGGGGUCAGGGUGUGUAGGUCUCCUGUCUGUGUUGCUGUACUGUCACUUUAGGUCUCAGAGGCAGGAUGACACAGCUGUACCUGAACACAGAUUAAACCCUCUGCCUGACAGCUACCCCCAGGGCCUCCACACGAGAGACCCCAAGUUCAGAAUUAGGCUAAAGAAAGUACUUAAAUAUUGCCCUGCCCUAAAUGUUAAAAUGUCCUGGAGCUUCGAGUUAUGUCUGUGGUUGGACCUCGCUAAAACUCAGACACUGGUUACAGGUAUGGAUGACCCCCCCGCCACCCCCCCCCCCAACACCACCACACCCCCCUCAAAGUCUGUAACACCCUCAGUCCCUCUAAGAUUCCCUGCAAUAAGCCGCUUGCUGUGUUUGACUUCCUACUGCCCCAUGGCCGCAGAGAUGUGGGUUUUUGAAAAACGACAGUUGAUUUUCUGCGUUCUGAUUCUAUUCAUUCGUGUUGGCUGCUUCUGUUCUAGGUGUUUAUCAAUCUCUUCCUAACCCUCUUUCUCAAGUAUUAUAGCACACACAUGUAUUGCAUGACAAUGUACAAAAAUGAAAACUGAUUAUUUACACGUUUAUGUUUAAUGGCUGAAAUCUGAUGUCCGAAGGCACUUCAGAUGUACUGUCCCAGCGAUUUGAAACACUGUUCUUUCUAUGGUCAAGCGAAUGUACAAAGUGGUAAAUGAAGGUUAUUGUUAUCAGCUUUAUAAUGUUCUUUAGAAAAUAUAAUAUAUAUACAUAUAUGUUUACCCUCUGACUAAAAUGGAUGCUUUACAGAAUGACUAUGUUGUGAAACACUGCCAGUUUAGGCACUGAUAAUAUUGUUACAGUAUUGCUAGUUCCUGUUGCUGCUGUCAGCAUUGGAGCAAGGUAUACCACAAAUUUUGUACUGUACAGUUAAACUAGUCUUCUGAAAAUGUGAGGAAGGAAUCUCCUGAACCAGGACACAUCUAUCUGGGUACUCAAACACACCCAGGACAUUACACUCUGUUCCAGCUCCAGGGUAGUCUAUACACCUAUGGUAGUCUAGGUUAGGCUCUAUAGGCUAUACACUUAGUCUAGUUUAGGUUAGGCUAUAUAGUAUAUACUCGUAGGCUAAUCUAUAUAGUCUAUACCUCCAGGUUAGUCUAGAUCAGUCUAUAUAGUCUAUACCCCUAGGCUAGUUUAGGUUAGUCUAUAUAUGUUAGACUAUAUACUCAACACCCCUGUCUAUAUAGUCUAUCACUAGGCUAGUCUAGGUUAGUCAUAUGGUCCAGUGUGAUCUAUAUGUCUCUAGGCUAGUCCAGUGUGAUCUAUAUGUCUCUAGGCUAGUCCAGGCUGGUUUAUACCCCUAGGUCAAUCUAGGUUAGUCUAUACAGUCUAUUCUUUAUAGCCCAAGGUUAGUCUGUAUAGUCCGGGUAGUUUUUUAAGCCUAGGCAGUCUUUAUACCUAGUCUAUUUAGUCCACGGUGGUCUAAUUAUCUUUACGCUAGUCUAUAGAUUUAAGGUUAGUGUUCAUAGUCCGGGUUACUCUAUUUAGUUUAGGUUAGAAUAUAUAGUCUAGGUUAGUCUACAUAGUCCAGGUGACUCUAUAUAGUCUAAGGUUAAUAGUUUUAGUCUAGGUUAGUCAUUAUACCCCCCAGUCUUUAUAUCAGUUUGUAUAGCCUGGUCCUGGUCUUGGUUCUGGUUCUGGUCCUGGUUCUAAGAGCACAACGUAGACACCAGUCUGCUGACUGUAGUGUACAUGUAUGUGGCUUUGUGUCAGUGGAGGCAUGCAAGUUUGUAAUGUGCUGAAGUUGAUGUGUGUGUGUGUUUUUAACAUUGAUUUUGUAAAGAUUAUCUGAAGCAGUAAUUUGCAGUUGUUCUGUAAAACUGUUGUGGGUGUGGUCCUGUAAAUAAAAGAUUAUGACAUUAAAGACAUAGACACAGUG